GGAGGAGGUUGCUGGGCUACAGUGUGUACGGGGAGGAGGAAAGUGUGUGAAGGACUCCAACUUUUGCGGUGAUGCCUUGACUUACAGGGAUGACUGUCCUCCUGGCACAUCCUGCUGUACGCAAGAUUGUGAUGAUCAAGAUGCUUGUGAUGACGGCCAUGGAGUGUGCAGAGAGUCCUGCCUCCGCCUGGAGCGUCAAGUACGUGAAGGUUGUGGUGACUCUGACUGUAAGUGUUGUACGCUACGUCAGGCCAAGUGUUCUACCUCUCAUCAUUGUCCUGGUGUUUGUGUGGACACCAGAGUGUGCACUAGUCCUUUAAGGAAUUACAACUGCUCGCGAUCUGACUGUGUCUGCUGCAACAAAUGUUAUGCUCAACCGAUAUGUAAUGGAAGCAAUGGUGUGUGUAGAGAACGUUGUUACAGUGGUGAGCUUGAGGUGGAGGGAGGAUGUAUCAGUCCUGGUUGUAAGUGCUGCACUCCACGAUACACCAACUGCCCUGUUACUAACAACUGUUCGGGUGUUUGUAUGGACGUUAAACUCUGUAAAAAUCCUCUAGCAAACAACACUUGUAUUGGAUCCGACUGUAUUUGUUGUGACAAGUGCAGCAUCAACCCUGUGUGUGAUGAAGGCUACGGAGUGUGCAGAGCUUUUUGUCUUAAGCAAGAACAAGAGGUGAAGAAUGGUUGUGGUGACUCUGCUUGCAAGUGUUGCUCACCUCGCCUGGCCACCUGCCAUGCCUCUAACAACUGUUCUGGCAUCUGCACAGAUGUUAGAAAGUGUACUAAUCCACUAACAAACAACUUCUGCUCUGGUUUGAACUGUGUGUGUUGUGACAAGUGUAAUGCACAACCUUUCUGUAACGACGGUAACGGUGUGUGCAGAGAAGCUUGUCACAGUCAAGAGAGGGAGAUAGAGAAUGGUUGCAGUGUCUCUGGUUGUAAAUGUUGCACACUGCAGGUUGCCACGUGUAACGCCUCUGCACAAUGUCCUGGAAUGUGUGUGGACUCCAGGAAGUGCACUAAGCCUCUCCAUAACUCUCGCUGCUCGGGACGUCACUGCAUUUGUUGUGACAAGUGUAAUGCUCAGCCUUUCUGUAAUGGUGGUCAUGGAGUGUGCCGGAACAGCUGUCUGAGCCACGAGCGUGAGGAUGAGGGAAGCAGCUGUGGUGAAUCAGGCUGUAAGUGCUGCACAGUGCGCCUCGCUGUCUGUCUCAGCUCCAACAAUUGUUCUGGCAUUUGCCUCGAUUCCAGCCUGUGCACAAAUCCCAUAGCUAACAGUUCUUGUUCCGGGGAUUACUGUGUGUGCUGUGACAGUAAGUAGCCAAUCUUUGUUCCAGGGAUUAUUGUGAAUUUUGUGAUAAUUACUAGGAUUGUUCAGGAAAUCAUCAGUCAUGACAGAAAUUGUUCCAGGGAUUAUUGUGAAUUUUGUGAUAAUAACUAGGAUUGUUCAGGGAAUCAUCACUGUGUCGUGACACUCUUUUACGAAAGAUUGUAUCCCAGAGUAUUUAUCGAGAAGAACUCCACUCCAUUUGCACACUUAUUAUCCAGAAAAAAUCUAUUUAUAUAUUUAUAGUCAAUAAAAUAAGUAUUUUAUACUUUCAUUUGAUGUAGCAGAAAUUAUAUUGACAAGAAACUAAACAAAAAAGUACGUAUGUCUUUAUACAGAUUUUCUUGAUAUUUAUUGUUUGUCAACAUACUGUGUGCUCGCCAACACAUUCAAUGUAUAUUUUUCAAUAAGUUCCUUGUGUGUUUUCCACCAUGUAUAUUCUGGUGUUUCUCAGUGUGCGUUCCAUGUGUUUCUCAAUAUGUUCUAUGUGGGAUUAUAAGGGAAAGUUCUCUUUUAUGUAUAUAGUUUUGUGUGAAUUGGAGUGUGAUUGUGUGGGUCGUUUGAGUAUUGAAUCUCUACACUCUGGAGUAGCUGUAGAUUUCGCUGCUCAACAGUUUUUGAAAAGAUGUA